UGGUGUUACGUUUGUAGAAUUUCUGUGGGAGGCAGCGCAUGUUAUUUUCUCAUGAAAGAGAGGGCUGGUAGUUUUAAUGCUUAGCUUUUGAUGUAGAACACUAGCUGUAUAUAAUCUCAGUCAUGUCAGGAGCUGGAUAUUUCCUUUACUUCGCUUUUGGGAGUAAUUUAUUGAAAGAGAGAUUACAGCUACAGAAUCCAUCAGCAGUCUUUCAUUCUGUCGCGAGACUCGAGGGUUAUGUGCUACAGUUCGGUCUGUGGGAAGAUAACAUGGUCAACAGUUGGAAUGGUGGAGUAGCCACGAUUGAGGAAUGUGCGGAUAAGGAGGUCUGGGGUGUUGUGUGGAAAAUGGCAACUGAAGACAUCACGUCUUUAGAUAAACAGGAGGGCGUAAACAAGGGCUUCUAUAGCCCCAUGAAGGUGACUGUGGAGACAGAAACCGGCCCGCUUCUCUGUCGAACAUAUAAGAUGAACAAUUUCAGACCUUGCGCACCAUCACCACCAUAUAAAGAGGUCGUUUGUUUAGGAGCCCAACAGAAUGGAUUACCUGAAGACUACAUAAAGAUGCUAAAGGCUGUGGUGACCAACACCUACACAGGACCUUCAAUAUUAGAUGACAUUAAACAGAAUAAGAACUGAGUGUGUGAGUUUUACUUAAAGAAAAGUUAAAGUAAGCGAUCCCCCACUGUAACUGUGUUAACUGCUAUAAAGUCAAGUAGUACAAUUGUCAUCAAGGAAAUACAUUAGAUUUUUCACAUGAAUUAAUUUUUUGUUGAAGUUGAACUGUUUACUAAUGAAGACCUGAAUACAAACAUAUUCAUAGCAUUGUAAAUCUUUCUUGGCAAUUGUAAUCACAAACUAUUGUAGCAAAACUGUUUGAAUCUUUUGCAUUUCAGUGCCCACUUCAUGCUUUCCAUAUACCAUUAAUAUGGGACUUUGUAAAAGAAAGCUCUGGCAAUUAUUGUAAAUGUCACUAUAUGAGGUACCAACAAAUAGCUAUCACCUUUUGAUUGAAAGGGGGGUUUCAGAUAAAAGAGCAGCAGUUAGUUAAGAGUCAGCUACUGUGGCAAAAGGCCAUUGAAUUUCUAUAGUUCAAUAGUUAAAAUCAAGGCAAAAUCUCACUAGACCCAGUGCAGUGUGAAGAUAUCAUCUGGAUCUAGUGUGUUCUGGACCAACUGGAGCUUUUUAUUCCAAAUUUUUUCAUGAACUAGUUUCUGUAAAUCAUGCAGUGACAUUUUAGCACACAUUGAUUUUUAAAGGUGUAUGUUAUACCAGGGUGCUAGUUUUUCUUCCCUAAUUAUUUUUCCCUUUGAGUGGAGUUUCAUUGUCUAGAGUGUAGCAAAACAUUAAAUGUAAGCAUACAGCCACCUGAUUAAGUUCUGUGGGUUCAGACGGUGAUCCGAUCAUUAAAAACAUUCCAAUUAACCCUUAAAGAAUCCAGAUAAAUUUUUAAUAAUAGCUGAUAUGACAAUAAUGCUGGCUAUAUUUUAUAUUACAUGUUUAUCUUAAUAGAUUUUCUGAAUAGAUAUAUGCAUGAGGAUAUGUUUGUUGGUUGCUCCAGAGAAAUUGAGGAUUUGGAAGGAGUCUCCAGUGUCAGAGCUCAGGGUAUGGAGAACUCUGUACUGUAACUUUAUUUUCUUUGCAGUUUUUCUGUAAAAGCAGUCUUUUUUGUCUUUCUAACUCCAAGAGAGGGGAAAAAAUGCUGAUGUUGGUGAAAAAUGGUGACUGAUGUUUUUAAGUAGCAUAAAAAGAAUAGCGCGUUUCAGCACGGCCGCUUGUAGGAUGGUAGAAAAAAGAAUGGUAGUUUUAAGUGUUACCAUGCAGAAUAUGACUGGAGUGGACUGUGCUUCAACAAUAUUUAUAUUGUUGAAUAAAUGCUUUA